AGCUGUGAAGAGAGGCCUCUGCCUAUUGGCGCCUCUCUGCGGGUGCCUCUGUGGUUUCUCUUCCGGGUUGCGCGGCCGGCAGCAUGGCGGCGCACCUGAAGAAGCGGGUGUACGAGGAGUUCACCAAGGUGGUCCAGCAGCAGCACGAGGACUUGUCCUCUAAGAAGCUGCGGUUGACCAAGCCCAGCAAGUCAGCAGCGCUCCAUGUGGACCUGUGCAAAGCCACCUCCCCUGCAGAUGCGUUGCAGUACCUGCUCCAGUUUGCCAGGAAGCCUGUGGAAGCGGAGAGCGUGGAAGGGGUUGUCAGGAUCCUGCUGGAGCAUUAUUACAAGGAGAAUGAUGCCUCUGUAAGGCUGAAGAUCGCUUCCCUGCUGGGCUUGUUGUCCAAAACUGCUGGGUUUUCUCCAGACUGCAUCAUGGAUGAUGCCAUUAACACUCUUCAGAAUGAGAAGUCUCACCAGGUCCUUGCUCAGCUGCUGGACACCCUGUUGGUGAUCGGCACAAAACUCACAGAGAAUCCACCAGUCAGGAUGAGACUGGUCGAGGUGGCCUGCAAGCAUCUGACAGAUUCUUCCCAUGGUGUAAGGAAUAAGUGUCUGCAGUUAAUUGGCUGUCUUGGACCAGUGGAAAAAGGUGCUGCAAAAGAAUCUGAAAGCCAGGCUGCCAAAGAUGUGCAGAAGAUCAUAGGAGAUCAUUUUAAUGACCAGGACCCUCGGGUUAGGACUGCAGCUAUAAAAGCCAUGCUGCAGCUUCAUGAAAGAGGAUUGAAAUUACAGCAGGCUAUUUACAGUCAGGCCUGCAAGCUGUUGGCAGAUGAUUACGAGCAAGUGCGUAGUGCAGCAGUUCAGCUCAUUUGGGUCCUCAGUCAACUCUACCCUGAAAGCAUCGUCCCAAUUCCUUCUUCUAAUGAAGAAAUCCGCUUGGUUGAUGAUGCCUUUGGCAAAAUCUGUCACAUGGUCAGUGAUGGUUCCUGGGUUGUGAGGGUACAAGCUGCCAAGUUAUUGGGUUCUAUGCAACAAGUUAGUUCCCAUUUCUUAGACCAGACUCUUGACAAGAAGCUCAUGUCGGAUCUGAGGAGGAAGCGCACUGCACAUGAGAGAGCCAAAGAACUCUACAGCUCUGGGGAGUUUUCCAGUGGCAGAAAGUGGGGAGAUGAUGCCCCCAAAGAAGAAAUCGAUACGGGGGCUGUGAACUUGAUUGAAUCAGGAGCUUGUGGGGCUUUUGUUCAUGGCCUGGAGGAUGAGAUGUAUGAGGUUCGGAUCGCUGCAGUUGAAGCCCUGUGUAUGCUGGCUCAGUCCUCGCCUUCCUUCGCAGAGAAAUGCCUGGAUUUCUUGGUUGACAUGUUUAAUGAUGAAAUAGAGGAGGUGAGGUUGCAGUCAAUACACACCAUGAGGAAAAUUUCCAACAACAUCACACUGAGGGAAGACCAGCUGGAUACUGUGCUGGCUGUCUUGGAGGAUUCUUCAAGGGAUAUUCGGGAAGCACUUCAUGAACUGCUGUGUUGCACCAACGUCUCCACUAAGGAAGGCAUCCAUCUGGCACUGGUGGAGCUGCUGAAAAACCUGACCAAGUAUCCCACCGACAGAGAAUCCAUAUGGAAAUGCUUGAAGUUCCUGGGGAGCAGGCAUCCCACUUUGGUGCUUCCCUUAGUCCCGGAGCUGCUGAGCACACAUCCAUUCUUUGACACUCCAGAACCAGACAUGGAUGACCCAGCCUACAUUGCUGUUCUGGUUCUGAUUUUCAAUGCUGCUAAAAGCUGCCCGACGAUGCCUGCCCUGUUCUCUGAUCACACGUUCAGACAUUAUGCCUAUCUGCGGGACAGCCUCUCUCAUCUGGUCCCUCCCUUAAGAUUGCCAGGCAGGAAGCUGGUGUCCUCCCCUGUCUCUCCCAGCAUUACACCCCAUGAAGAUCCUUCCCAGCAGUUCUUACAUCAGAGCCUGGAGAGGGUUUACAACCUUCAGCACCUCGACCCACAGGGCAUCCAGGAGCUGCUGGAAUUCACCAUCCGUGAUCUUCAGAGGCUUGGAGAGCUGCAGUCAGAGCUGGCAGGGAUGGCAGACUUCACUGCGACUUACCUUCAGUGUCAGCUCCUCCUCAUCAAGGCCCUGCAGGAGAAGCUGUGGAACGUGGCAGCUCCUCUGUACCUGAAGCAGAACGCGUUGGCAUCUGCUGCAGCAAAGCAGAUCUUGGAAGAAACAUACAAGAUGGAGUUCAUGUACAGCGGGGUGGAAAGCAGACAAGUGGUCAUCAUUCACCACAUGAGGCUGCAGGCAAAGGCCUUACAGCUGAUAGUGACUGCCCGGACCACCAGAGGAGUGGAGCCCCUAUUUGGGAUGUGUGAGAAGUUCCUGCAAGAAGUGGAUUCCUUUCAGAGGUGUUUCAUCUCUGAGCUCCCACACAUGCAGGGCAGUUUUGUAGAUAAACUGCUGGACUUAAUGCCCCGGCUUGUGACAUCCAAACCUUCAGAAGUGGUCAAGAUCCUUCAGACAACGCUGCGACAAAGUACCUUCCUCCACCUUCCUCUUCCAGAGCAGCUCCACAGAGCUACUGCGAACAUCAUCGAGCCCACUGGUGAGUCUGACAACCCCCUGAGGUUCACCUCGGGGCUGGUGGUGGCUCUGGAUGUUGAUGCAACUCUGGAACAUGUGCAGGAUCCCCAGGGAAGUGUUAAAGUUCAGGUAUUGUAUCCAGAUGGACAAGCACAGCUCAUCCAUCCUAAACCAGCAGACUUCCGAAAUCCCGGUCCGGGAAGGCACAGACUGAUAACUCAGGUUUACCUCUCACACACAGCCUGGACAGAGCCCUGUCAGAUCGAAGUGCGGUUGCUGCUGGCUUACAACUCCAACCGGAGCAAGGCGGCUGCUAAAAUGCCCAAAUCUGCCUGGAACGAGAGCUUGGAGGCUCUGCCACCAUCUGAAAACGGCAUAGAGGGGACCAUCCCCUUCAGCAAGCCUGUCAAGGUGUACAUAAUGCCCAAACCUGCCAGGCGGUGAAGCCUGUUGCUGUGAGAAACGUAUUUAUGGGCUCUUUGGCUGACAUGAAAGCAAUAUGAUGUGUUCUAAGAGCGAACCCAACCCAAACUGGUCUAUAAUGGGUUCAAACAGUCAAGCACAGAUAUAAAGCUGCUGAAGAACUUUGGUCUUCUGUGUUAGGAAGCAGACAGCCCAAUGCAGGCGUUAUUCAUCCAGUGAAGAGCAGCUUCAAGCCAGUUCAAUAUUGAACCCAGGCAGUUCCCAAUCACCAUUCCAGUAGUAAUUUAAUUGGGUCCUACCUUCAGUUUUCCUUAUCAGGAGGUUCUCCUCCAAGCCUUCAGGUUUUCUGCUGUGUAUUUACCAUGUAAAUGCUGAAGCACAGGAAUCAGUGUUAUUUUUACAGUACUCAGAAGCAAAGCUGAGCAGUGUGGGUGUGUGUGAGGUCUUUUGGGUCGGUUUGGGUUCCUUUUGAGUGUCUAAACCUUGCCUUUGUGCAUUGGUACCUACGUUCGUAGUAAAGCCAAAUAAAUACUCUCAAGUGCUGUUGUUCCGGUGUAGGAAUUGCACCUUAAAGUGAAGCUGCCGAUGGAUGUAGGUUAAAUCCUGAGCUAUUUUACCUCCUCUGCAGCAAAGUGCAGUCCUGGUGAGGGCACAGGUUGCUCUGCUGUCGAGCGGGAGGAGGAGGAAGCUGUUGGUGCAAGCAGCAGAAUUCAGUUAGCAGGACCUGGAGGCUGAGUUACAGCAACACACGGUAUGUUACUUGUUUUGUAAGAUAUAAUGGAAUCAAACACACUCAUGUCCAUCAUCCAGCUCUCCUGUUGCACCUUUGUGUCUUUAGGAACACUGAGAUUAAAUACCAUGGGUUGGAGAAUUGCUAACCCCAUCCCACCAAGCUUCACAGCGCCUGUUUCUGGGUGAUGUGAUCCCAUCUGACUUGAGGUGAGAAAACCCAUCCAGGUUUUCAGUUCACUUUUGGCACUCUUUCUGAUCAGCCAAAGCACUGGGACGUGCUCUCAGUUAACCAGCAGGCAGCUUGUCAGCGUUCCCCAUAGGAGGUGAGCCAGGAGCAUGGAGGGGUGAGAACUUACAAACAACGUGGUCCUUCUGGCAUUCCCAUUGGAAAGUGGGUCUGUGCAUUGCUGCUGUGUGCAGGGCUUCAGGAGGCUGAGGAGCUCCUAUGAGGAGGAAUCCUUUGGUGGGGUUUCCUAGGAGCACUUGAUGUGUGAAACCUUAGAGUGCAGCAGCCAAAUGUGACCUGUGUUCAUAAAUCAAUUGUUAGAGAAGGGGAGAGAGGUAUUUUUAGCAAGUAAAGAGCAGUGAGGAAAUAGUUUCCAGUUGUCCAGAGCUCAGUGUGAAUAACGACCCCUCCUGUGCUUCCCUACAGUAAAACUGGACAGCUCA